AUGAACCUAGGCAACUUCUGGAGCAUGUCUGCUAAUACAAGUCGUAAGGUAAUCCGAAGACCUGAUAGCGAAGACCAGGGCGAGCUGAAAAGCAGCCCGUCCCGGCUAUCCUUCAGCAAGAAGCAGCUCCCAGCCAUUCCCAAGAAUGCGGCUGCCGCUACCAAGCCUGCGACCAUUGGUAGCCCCGCCCACUCCGCAAAUGUCCCGCAUGCGCCCUACGGUCCUUUUUACUUGGAAUACUCCCUGCUGGCUGAGUUCACACUUGUGAUCAAGCAAAAACUCCCUGGGAUUUAUGUGCAGCCAUCUUACAAGUCUGCACUUAUGUGGUUUGGCGUCAUAUUUAUCAGACAUGGUUUGUACCAAGAUGGAGUCUUCAAGUUCACUGUGUAUAUCCCGGAUAACUAUCCAGAUGGCGAUUGUCCAAAAUUAGUGUUUGACAUGCCAGUCUUCCAUCCGCUUGUCGACCCAGUUUCUGGCGAGCUUGACGUCAAAAGAGCUUUCACCAAAUGGAGACGGAAUCACAACCACAUCUGGCAAGUUCUCAUGUAUGCACGUACCAUUUUCUACAAGAUUAACACCUCAGAACCUCUCAACCCAGAAGCUGCUGUACUGUAUGAGAAGGAUGUGCAGUUGUUCAAAAGCAAAGUAGUGGACAGCGUAAAACUAUGCAAUAGUCGUCUGUUUGAUCAGCCCAAGAUAGACGAUCCUUACGCAAUAAGCUUUUCUCCAUGGAACCCAGCUGUUCACGAGGAGGCGAAAGAGCGAAUGUUCACUUACAAAAGACGACCUGAGGAGCAGCACAAGGGAACGCAGAGCUCGGGACUGUCUUGGGUCAAACCCGGGUCGACGCAGCCCUUCAGUAAAGACGACAGCCCUCCUCGGAGUUGA